CUGAUUGUGGGUUUUUAACUUGAUUCCAAUAGAGAUAGACAGAUGUGUGAUGGCUCAACAAACACCAAACUGGAACCGGUGUGUGAAAGACCACUAGGCCUCAAAUUCAACUCUGCAACUUGUGAUCUCUACAUUGCAGACGCGUACUAUGGACUCUUAGUAGUAGGACCAGAUGGUGGAGUGGCUACACAACUUGCUGCUUCAGCUGAAGGAGUUCCCUUCAGAUUCAUGAAUGCUUUGGAUGUUGAUUCCAGAACAGGUAUGGUUUAUUUCACUGACAAUAGCAUUUAUUUCCAAAGAAGGGAGUAUUUACUGGCAAUCAUAAACGCUGAUAGAACUGGAAGGUUAAUGAAAUAUGAUCCAAAUAGCAAAAAAGUGACAGUGCUGCUCAAAGGCUUAGCAUUUCCAAAUGGAGUGGCUCUAAGCAAGGACAAUUCGUUUAUUCUAGUUGCCGAAUCAUUUACAAUGCGAAUCUUAAAGUUUCACCUUGUGGGUUCUGAAAUACAUGGACAGGAAAUUUUUAUUCAACUGGGAAGAUUCCCUGAUAACAUUAAGAGGACAGCUAAUGGAGAAUUUUGGGUUGCGCUAAAUACUGGAAGAGGGAAGAUUCGGAGAUUGGAGUCUACAAAACUACAACAAGAAACUUCUAUUGACUGGUUUGCGGAUGAUCCUGUGGCAGUUAGACUGACUUCAGGUGGUGAAGUGGUUAAUGUAUUGGAUGGAAAUGGUGGCAAUGCUCUCGAUUCUGUGAGCGAAGUUGAAGAAUAUAGUGGCUUUUUGUGGCUAGGAUCUUCCAUGAAGCCUUAUGUUGGUUACAUCGAGAAUAAAAAAUAACUUGAGUCUUAUAAAAAAAAAUAUACUUUAUGCUGCCAAAAAUUUCCUCAUAGCAGCUAUCUAUUUGCAGCAUUGUUGUUAGAAAAAUUCAAAUACGAAGUCAAUUCCUGUAUGGCAUUUAUAAUAAACAGUUGUGUGCUGUGGAAAAUAUCAAGAUAAUCAAGGAGCUUCUCCUUAUCUUUUUCUUCGUU